UUGCCAGGGCAGCCGGAACCCGGAAGCGGUGGUGGCGGUACGGUCCCGGGCAACCGGCGGGCGUCCAUGGAAGUGACGAGCGGGUGGCGGCGGCGGCGGCGGCUCCCCCCGCGGGCCCGGCCCAGCGAGCAACCCCGGGAGCCAUGGCGGGAGCUAUGGUGCGCAUUGGUGACCAGCUCAUCCUGGAAGAAGAUUACGAUGAGACGUACAUUCCCAGUGAGCAAGAAAUCCAGGAUUUUGCUCGGGAGAUCGGGAUUGACCCUGAGAAGGAGCCGGAGCUGAUAUGGCUGGCCAGGGAAGGCAUCGUGGCCCCAUUGCCACCUGAGUGGAAGCCCUGCCAGGAUAUCACUGGUGAUAUCUACUACUUCAACUUUGCCAAUGGCCAGUCCACGUGGGACCACCCCUGUGAUGAUCACUACAGAGAGCUUGUCAUUCAGGAGCGAGAGAAGCUGCUGGCCCGUGGCAGCUUGAAAAAGAAAGAUAAGAAGAAGAAGAAAGAAAAGAAAGAGAAGAAAGACAAGAAGGAGAAGCAGUCACUGAAGCAACCCACUGAAAUGCAGCCAGGGAUUCUUCCUUCAACAUCAUGUUGUCAAAUGCCCUCUGCCACUCUGCCCCCUGGGCAGGAGAGUCCCGAGCCAGAUGCAGAUAGCCAGAUUAGAAAUGAAGGCAAAGGGAGACCAUCAGACAUAAGUGACUUCGGGAGACUAUUUGCAGGCACAUGGCCGAACAAACUGCAUCCCCUGCUUGUUUCAAAGUUCAGCAGAUCAUGUCAGACCUUACCUGAUGUGGAGAAAACUUUAGAAAAAGGCCACUCUUCUAGCAGCUUUGGUGUAGGCAUCCACUGGGACCAAGGCACACCUGUAGAAAUACAAGAAAAGCUUUGUUUUGACUCCUCUGACUCGCAGUCUGACGAUUUAGAAGCUAGGCCACCAGCGCAACGUUUUUGUCUGUCAAAGAAAUCCUAUUCGCAAGACUUUAAGAAUGUCAAAUCUCUACUAGAGGCCCUUGAAGACAAAAGCCUACUGUUUGAGGAUGAAGAGCUGAAAGAAAAGUGGAAGAUGGAAGAUGUGAUGGGUGCAUGUGUCCAUAAGCCUGAUCAUCACCUCUCAGUCAGAGAGGAAUCUCCAGGACUGGAUGGGGAUGUGGAAAGAAGUCCAGGCAUACUGCAAGCUAGAGAAAAAGAAAGCUUUUACCGCAGGAAUGACGAAAUGACUCUUUUUGAUGCCAGUCUCACAGAUGACUGGAGUUUGCAGGAGACAGUUGAUGUUCCAUAUGCUCAAGAAGAGCUGAGAUCCUACAUCAAGGUAUAUGAGAGUAGAAGUAAGAGAAAAGUUCGAGGUGAGACUUUGGGUCAAGCCAUCGGUCUAGUCAAAAGCAAUGAGACCAUUUGCAGACCUGAGAGAAAGGGUUUAAACCAGAUGGAGCUGACGGAAGUAGGAGCAGAAGCAGACAGGAGCAAUGGUAUGGUAGAGAGCCACUCCGCAGUUCCUCAAGAGAUUGCAGAUCUACCCCUUGGAAGCAGGGGAGUAUAUGCAAAGAGAGGAGUCCUUGCGGACCUUCCUCUUGCAGUGGAUCCUACAUUGAAACAUCCUUUUUCAUCUACUAAAGAUGGCUGGAGAAAUGAUGAAGGAAAUGUUUUGAUAUCAGAGUAUGAUAGCAGCGUUUCAGCCAGUUCUCAUAACAAUAGUGCACCCCAGGUACUGGGAGCAAGCCAUCGUUGCUCUCUGCACCACGAGUCUGGGAGGUGGAAGGAUGUGCGGUCUGUGGCCGAAGAGCCUCUACUACCUCAUCCCCUCCUGGGGUCAUCCUCGGCUCAGACGCUGGGUCCUGCCCAGAAGUCAGAGAGGGAGCGAAGCUCUGAGGGUAUGAAACUGUGCCACAGGCUGCAGGAAUGUGAGAAAGGCCCCAGCCCAGAACCUGAACGCGUCAGCCUUCUGGUGGAUUUUUGUGGGACAUGCACUGCCCGGCAGUCUAACGGUGCUGGAGUACAAAGAAAAGCGAAGGGAGGAAAUGUAAGAACAGAUCAAGCUCCUGGAGUGUGGGGAGAGAAAGUCGUAGAUGACCUGCGGGUUGAAUGCCUGGGGAGCAACAGUCUCUGUCAGCGCAUGGAAGUGGAGAUGACCCAAACCAGAGAAACUGUGGGGAGUUGCAGCAAGAUAGAUGUUGGUGAAGGAGCAGGCGGGAAUGAGUCCUCAGGCACCCUGCUAGCACCCGUCCAGGUGCCCUUGGGGAACCUCGCUCCACUGCGCGGCCUUGCGGCUCCUCCAGCUGCUGUCCUUCGUGGGUCACUGAACUUGGACGUGGCGAGCUCGGUGGACUCCAGCCCUGCGGCCAAAGGAGGAACGCAGCCUGCAGAGACCUGUAAGCCCACCAGCCAGACCGAGAAGUUGCUGGGCUUGGUCUGUGAAGAGAAGAGUUCCUCAAACACGGCGGCCCUAGACAAAGGCAGAAAGGAAGAAGACGAAAGUGAGAAUGAGAGUCUCCAUGGGACAGCGAGACUGUUCAAAAACCUGCACAUGGACAUCAGUGCCCUGGGAGGCAGCUUUGACUCUGAGGAGAACAGCAAAGCAGAGGAGGAAAACUGUGGCAGCCCAUUAGCUGAUGUCGCUGAAGCUGAUCUCCAGCCCCAAAGGAGUCCUGCAGAGGAAGCUGGCGGCCUGAGAGAGAAGGAGUCUUUAAAAUCAAGACAUGGUGAAGAAGGGCGAGAGUCUUCCUUGGAUUCUGAUGCUGUGUGCCCUCCGACUCCAGUUCAAGUCCUUCCUGGAGAUGCUGACAGUAGCCUGUCUGGCCAGAACAAGGAGUCGUCUGAUGGGAAACUCUCUGGGAAUGAAAUACUGGGCAAGAAAGAUGCUGAGGUGGAAGGUGACAUCUCUGCAGCUGAUGAGCUGCCGCAGUCUCUGGGGGAAAGGAGUGCAGCAGGGACAGAUGUGCCCAGUGGUCCUGGGCAACCUAGACUUGCAUCUCCAGCUGCUGAGGCAGAUGAGCCGGUAAGCCUGGCUGCCACUGUCGACACCGUGUCUGUUGAUGGAAAGAUGGUGAAUGGAACGAGGGAAGAAGCAGCAGCUGAUCUGAAAACAGACAGCAGUCUGGAUGCUGGCGGAGGAGAGCCUGCACAGGCAUCUGAGACCAGCAACUGUGGGGAGGACUUGCAAGUCUCUAACUGCUUGGACCGUGAGCUGAUUCGGCCUGUGGACUUGGGUUUCCAGAGUCGGCUUUCUGAGCAGGUACUGGAUGUGGGGGCUCUGUCUCCUGUUCUGGACAGUCCCACGUGCAAGGCCCAGGAGCUGGGAGAAGAGGAAAAAGACCAAAGCAAAGCCAGUAUAGAGGAAGAGCAAAGCAAAAGAACAAAAGCUGCUGAGAGUGAGAGGGACCAAAGUGCUUGUGAAGCACCAGAAGAGAAGUGUUUUGCUUUAGAAAAUCCCAAUCAGGAAGAGGCCGUGGCCCAGGAGCUGGAGGAGGGGUCGCUGGAUAGCCAAAUCAAUCUGGAGGAGCUUGCCGCCCCGCAGAAAGCGCAACCUGAGGAGGAAAUCAAACAGGAGCAGUCCUUGAACCAGCCUAGUGAAGAAUCCCUGGGGGGAAUAGCCAAGGAGCUGGAGCUUGAGCAAGAGAAAAUGCAUUUAUUGCAAGCAAAGGAGGAGAAAAUUCAGCAGCUCCAGGAGGAGAUGAGGCGGCAGGAGGAGGAGGAAGCACAGAAGCUUCAUCAGCAAAAAGAAAAAUCCCUCAGGACUUUAAAAGAAGUUUUGGCAAAGGCUUCUGAGGAGGAAGAGUUGUGUGUCAGAAAGGAAGAAACAGAGAGACUCUCAAAGCUGCGAGCCAAAAUCAUCUUGGAGACUGAGGCAGAGAAGGAGAAGAUAAGGGCAGAGCAAGAGGUCACGCUGCAGAAACUAAGAGAAGAGUGGGAAUCCCUGCAGGAAAUGGAGAAGGAGAGCCUGGAGAGGAAGCAGCAGCUCGUGUUGGAGGAAAUGAAGCUGGAAAUGGAGGAAGCUCAGCAGAAAGAGAUGAUCGGGCUGGAACAAGAGAAGGAACAAUUCCUGAGUGAGCACAAGGAGAGAUUAGACAGGGAAAAGAAGAAGGCAGUAGAAGAGCUAGAGAAACAGUUUGCAACUGAACUCCAGCAGCUGAAAUCUGCAGCAGAAGAGAAGCAUCGUCAGGUCAUUUCCAGCCUGCAGACCCAGAUAGCGGAGGCACAGAGGAGCGAAGUAGCUCGGCUGCGUGACGACUUGCAGAGAGCAGAGCAGAAAGUGCAGCAAAAAGCCUAUCAAGUAACAGAAUACGAACGUGAGCUCAGCGAGCUGAUGAGAGAGAAACGCCAGGAAGUGGAAAAAGACCAUGAGAAGAAAAUGGAGAGGAUGAAAGAGGAGCACCAGGAGGUCCUAGCACGGAUUCAGGAUCAGUAUGAGGAGGAGGAGAGAAAGCAAAGAGCAGAGCUGUUUGAAGGCCUGCGAAGUGAGAUGGCGCGCCUCCGACAGCUUCAUGAAGCGGAGGUGAAAGCUCUGCAGGCAGAGCUGGAUGAGCGGCUUGCUGCGCUGCAGCACAGGCAGAGGGAGAAGGAAAGAAAACUCCAGGAAUCAGAAAAUGAGCUUGAAAUGCGCACAAAGAACGUCAAAGCCAGAUCAGUGCAGCUCCUGAGCCAGGAGGAGGCGCUGAGAAAGAAAAGGCAGCAGCUGCUGGAUGAAGACAGGCGGACUGAGCUAGAAAGAGACGAAGCUGCUUUAGCUUCUCAGCUCCGCCUUGAGGAGAAUAGGAAGGAGCAUGCCAGCCUUCUUGAGUCCAUCCGGCAACUGCGUAGGUCUCUUGAAGAGCUCCAGGACCAGAAAGCUGAACUGGAGGCCCAGGUGGACUUGUUGCAGACCCGGAGCCAGAGGCUGCAGAAACGUAUCAGUGAGCUGGAGGCAGCUGUCAGGAGCAAACAGGAGACUUUGAAAGAACUGGAGGCAGAAGAAAGUGCAGAAUCUCCAAGAAGGAAAGCCGAGCUCCACGUUGAAGACCUGAGAGAAACUGGUCAAGCUGACUCGUCCGGAGAGCCUGCUUCUCCACCCUCUCAAAGCCAUGAGGACAGCGACUCCCCGUUUGAUCACGUCAGGAGCUACAUCUCUGCGGAAGGGAUCUCCAUCAGGAAUGCCAAGGAGUUCCUGGUGCGCCAGACCCGCUCCAUGAGGAAGAGGCACACGGCACUGAAAGCUGCAAAGCAGCAGUGGCGCCAGGAUAUGCAGAAAGCGCAGGAGGUGGUGCAGGAUCCUGACAGCUCCCAGCUCCUGGAGGGUGUGCGCAAGAACCUGGAAGAGGAAGCAAAGCAGUUGGACAAGAUGAAGUCGGCUAUGCGGAAAGGACAGGUGCUGCUGAAGAAGAAAGAGGAGAAGCUAAGCCAGUUGGAGUCCUCGCUGCUGGAGGAGCUUUCAGAUGAAGAUACGCUGAAGAGUGCUGCAUGCAAGAAGAUUGUGACUUUUGAUCUCAGCAACUCUGAGGACUCAAACAGUACAUCCAGUAUAAAUCUGCAUCAGCCUAAAAUUGAUUUGAGAACCAAUUUACAGCCUGCCCCACAGCUGGACAAGAUCCACUACUUGACAGAGUCUCUGCGGCAUAUCACUAGUGAACUGAAUGGGGUCCUCGGCGUCUUGGACUCUCUGAACGAUCGCCAGUCUCGGCUCUUCACCUCGACGCCCUGCGAUGGUGUCCCUAUUUCUACAUAUACCUCCUUGGCAGGACUUCAGGCGGGUGGCUCCCUGGUGUCUCCUGCCGGGGUGUCUCUGGUAGACCCGUGGGCCUGGAGCACUGGGCUGAGCUCCAGUCGCUCUUUCGCAGCUGGACAGUCAGUGGACAGCAUCCUGGCAGAGAAAUGGCACAAGUAUUUCCCGGGUGGGUUCCCGUCGCUCAGUGGAAGCUCCAAACCUCAGGACGACAAGCUGGGAUACGUACCUGCAGAUGAACAAGUACGGCUGUUCCAGCACUCCCAGUUCCAGAGCCGUGAGUCAGACAAGAUGAGUAUUCAAGGAAUGAUUGAGACCAACAAGAAAUGGCUGGAAGACUUCAAGAGGGAUUCAAAAGUACCUCUCUUCCCAGGUGCACAGAAGCCCCCUGCCAGCAGCCCCAGCCUACUUCAGCUAGGACUGGAUGAAAACAGACAAAUUAAAGUGUACUAUUACUAAAAGGUGGGACUUGGCUCUGGAGAGACGGCGGUGGGGGCCCGUGCCCGUAUUUCCCUAACGAUACACUGGGUUUUGGCGAUGCCUGGCCACCUCCGCUGUGUCUUUGUGCUGUGCCCUUGAAAUAAAGUCUCUUCACGAGA